AUGGCGACGUCUACAACAAAGCACAAAACUAAUAAAGACAAACCAGAAAUACAGAAUGGUCUUGCACUUGCUUGGCUUGAUGAUAGUGUUAGUCAAGAUCCAAAUGCGAAAGAUAUUUUUCGUUCACUUUUUGAACAAGUAUUUAUAUUUACAGACCCUGGAGCAUGUCUUGAAGUUGUUGAAUCAGCUGACAGUGAAAAAUCUUGUAUAUCAGUUCUAGUUUCGGGAAAAUAUGGUCAAAUGCUCGUCCCAGAUCGUUUGCAACCAUUACCACAAGUUAAAAAUAUUUAUGUUUAUUGUUUUGAUAUCACUAAACAUAAUCAAUGGGCACACAAAUGUGACAAAGUUCGAUGUGUUGACUCGGAUUUGGGCAAAAUAUUUAAAUGCAUUCAACAUGACGUACACAACAUCAUGAAACAACAAUAUCAAUCGAUGGAUGAUCAACCGGAACAAAUGGAAGAACAAGAACAGCAAGAAUUUGUAGCAACCGGACCAGAACGCUUUACGGUUGAUAAUAAUUUCUAUAAUCAACUUGCACUUGAUAUUUUACUUAAAAACUCUGAUGAUGAUCGUGAUGAUGAUGACGAUGAUGGUGCUGUGGAUUUCAAGAAAUAUUGUGAAACACAUAUGGGAAACAAAAAUCAAGACCGAGACAAAGAAGAAAUAGUCUACUUCCAACCUAACACACCUAUUGAGCAAUGGUAUAAAGAUGAUCUAUGUUUUCUUAAUUUAAAUUCUACUAAUUUCACUCAAUUAUGGACACUACGUUGGUUCAUAAGGUCAUUCUAUCGACAAUUAACCAAGGAACAUGAAUGUUUUAUGAAUGAUAAAACCACGAUUAAAGUAGAUUAUGGUACAUGGUUAACUACCGAUGAACUAAAUACCAUGAAAUUUCGCAUUGGUGAAACUAUUAUUUUUACGGAAUUUUUCAAAUCAUAUGCAAGUCGACGCAAUGCAUUGGAUUCAAUAAAAAAUGAAAAAACUGAAGAAAAAAAUAAUAAAGUUAUAUUCGAAAUAAAUGUUGAGAAAAAUAAUCGUACUGUUCCCUACAGUGAGAUUCAAGAUGAUCUCGUUUUAUUUUGGUUUGGAUCUCGACAUCGUAUCAUGAAAAUUGAAUAUGUUGAAACACAAGGUGCACAUCCCGAUUCUUAUUGGUUAAUUGGUUUGAAUCUAUGCGCAACACUGGAUGUACAGCAAUCGAUGAAAACUUUAUAUGGUUAUUAUCGAAAAAAAUUAACAGAUCUGAAAGAUCGUCACUAUGCAUUUGGUCGAAUUCUCAUAUAUAAAGGUUUGUAUUAUGAAGCAGAAAAAUGGCUACAGACCAACAACCAUUAUCAAGAUUUAGCUGAAUUAGCUAUACGUCAAAACCAACUUGAACGAGCAAAUCAAUAUCUUCAGCAUUUACCAGAAGAUUCCGAUGAUGCAAACCUCUUACGUGCUUAUGUAUAUUUAUUAUCAUCGCAAGAUAAUAUUGCAAAGGGACGUACACUCCUAAUGAAAAUCGAUUCAGAUGCAACAGAUAAAAUGCUUCGAGCUCGUAUUAGUAUUGCUCUUGGUUUUGUUAAUAUAAUUGGUUCACAUCAAAACGAACCAGCGUUAGACUAUUUUACCAUAGGAAGUGAAGCACUAUGUAAAAUGUUACCUGAUAUCCAUCCGGAUGUUGCAAAAUCAUAUAUUGGAAUAGGUUAUGCACAUUUUACUGGAAAAAAUAUCAAGGAAGCUGAAAAAUGUUUUCAAAUGGCCUUAAUAAUACAAAAACAGUCAUUACCAAAUAUGCAUCCCGAUAUUGCGAAAACUCGAAAUGGUAUUGCUCGUUGUCUGUCUGUUAAAAAGCAAACCGUUAAAAAAGCACUGGAAGAAUUUCAACAUGCAUAUAAUAUUUUAAUGCAUACAUUUCCACGAGAAAAUAAAAAACAUCCGGAAAUAUCUUUAACUGUGGCUGAUAUCACCAAAUUACGAAAAGGAAAGGAAUUAUAUUCGAGCACUACAUUACUGGAUUAUAUUUAA